UCAACCGAAAUGAAUAAAUCUAAUUCGAUGAAAACCACAUUGAUAACCAAAUACGACGGUCUUCGUCAUCGCAGUUCUUUUUUCUUUCUUCUUUUUCUUUCUCCUUAAAUAAUAGAUACAUUUACUUUCAAACACUGACCAAACACAAAUUUUUACUAUGAAGUGAAUCCAAAUGAAGAAAACACAUUAACAAAGCGAACUGUUCACGAAAUUUUAUGAGACAGGAAAUCAGUAAUGUUUAAAAUGCAAAUAAAAAAAAGAGACCGCCUCUAAUGUUUCAAAUAUGGAUAAAAGAAAGAAUGGCUUCACAAACAACUGGUUGCCUAACCACAGGCGUAUUUUUAGAACCGAAUGAAACUUGAAAGGCCAAUUAGGUUUAAGUAUCCGAUAAGGAAAAAAUGUAAACAAACCAACUAUUCAUGAUACAAGUAGGUAGUCAAUUCAAUGCAUCCGCAUGAUAUGAUUCAUAGUUCGAUGGCUUCACCAUUGCGUGUUGCAGCCAUGAAUUAUAGUGAUCUACCGGACAAAGUUAUAAACCGAUUCCUCGGAAUCGGAUAACCAUGAAUUAAGAUCAAAAGAAGACUUCAUUUUUCGUCAAGUCAUUCACUUUACUCAUCAGAAUGAAAACUAAUCCUUACCAAACCGUUUUUUGAUUAUGUUGGAAAGAACCAGAGCAACGAAGAAAAAAUAGGAAUUUUAACACAAACCGAAAGAAUAUACAACGAAAUAUUAGGUGAGCCAAUACUCUUCUUUUCAUCGACGUUAAAGUUUAAAUUGUUUAUCGAACAAUUUCAACUUAACUAAUACAACUUCCAUUGACUUAAAUAAAAAAAAACAUCACGAGCUAAGACACUAAACAUUUGCCAUAACUGAUUUUUUUAAUUGACGUGAAAUUUGAAUGAAAAUUGGCAUGUUGUCUACGCACAUGGGUAUUACAGCGUGUAAAUAACGGGAAUUGAAAUGCUCCUCUGUUGCGAAGCUGAAAAUGAAAAAAAAACCACAAAUCAUUUCGAAUUGGAAUAACAUGACACUUUGUCGAAUGAUGACGUUACAAAAUCCAGAUAAGUGUGAGCGAGAAAUAAUGAGUUUUCGGCGUCUGAGGGAAUAGGAAUUUCGGAGCUGGUUGAAUGAUGGCUCAAUCGGAAGCUAUCAAUUUGUAUGCAUAAUGGUUUGGGAACGACGGACACAUUAUUUUUGUCGAAUUCCGCUCGGAAAUCCGAGUUUUGGCCAUGUGUAGAUUUUACCAUAUAAAUCAAUGUUAUUGCAGCCGCGACGAACUGCGCUCCGAGGUUUUCAUACAAACUUCCCAUGUAGACGGUCGCAACACAAGCAAAAAUCGAAAAAAAGUGUUUAAUUUUUUUUUCAAUUCUAAUAUAGUAUUGUGUCUGCCCAAUCCAUUGGUGUUAUCGGCACAUCGAAAUUCGCGCUCCCUAUCACAUAAUUUGCACUGUAAAACCAAAUCACAACCAAAAGCACCAUUAAAAUGAAUAAUCAUACCAAUGGACUUGAGAGUGUAUCGAACAUUUUUGCUUCAAUUAAAAUGAAACACGAUUUCUAUAGUCAAUAGAUAUUUCACGAUUCAUUUUCAAGCGAACAGAAUUUAUGUUGCACUUUAAAAAAGCAAGAAUAUUGUGUUACGCUUAUCCAUAAGUGGUUCAACUUUAGUCAUUUUUAUUUCCAUGUGUGUUGUUUACGAAGUUUGAGUGACAGUCAAACAGCGACGAUGAAAAUGAAAUACGUAGGUUGCUGCAUAAGUUUCUGGCCUAACCCUGUUCCAGUGUUGCCAGAUGCAAACUAGAAUAUCCAUUGGAAAGUUUGACGUUUUUAAACAUUAGUCUCUUCAGACCACUUUGACAGAUGAGCAAUAUUUGUGUUGUUUACAGUGUGUUGAAAAAGUUGUCUCGGCCAAAAAAUGGAAUUAAAUCGUGAGCAUUUUCGUGCGAUUAUUUUUCACAAUUUUCGACGCGGUUUAUCAAGACAAGAGUGCAUCGAUGAGCUAAUAUCUUUGUACGGGGAGCAAGCACCAUCCUUUAGCACCGUAAAAAACUGGUACAACGAGUUCAAUCGCGGUCGACACUCUCUCCAAGACGAACACCGUGAAGGUCGUCCAAAAUCGGCUGUUGUGCCAGAAAACAUCGAUGCUGUGCGCGAACUGAUAAUGCUAGACCGGCAUGUGACAUACCGUGAGAUUGAGGCAUCCUUGGGCAUUAGUAUGAAAAGCAUCGGUAGGAUUUUGCAUGAUCAUUUGGCCGUAAAAAAGAUAUGUUCCCGUUGGAUCCCACAUAAUUUGACGAAUGCUCAAAAAAAGGCUCGUGUCGAUUGGAGCAAAGAAAUGUUGAAAAAAUACAAUCGCGGUGGCUCAAAUGCAGUGUAUAACAUCUACACAGUUGACGAAUCAUGGAUCUAUGCAUAUGAGCCCGAAACAAAACAGCAAUCGACCGUAUGGGUGUUCCAAGACGAGCCAAAUCCAACAAAAGUUGUUCGUGGAAGAAGCACAUCGAAGCAAAUGAUUGCCUGUUUCUUCGGAAUUAACGGUCAUGUGGCUACAGUACCGUUACAGGAACGUAGAACGGUCAAUUCUGAAUGGUACACCACCAUCUGUUUGCCAACAGUGUUUGGGGAAAUAAGGAAAACCCAGAAGAGAAGACGAAUCAUCUUGCAUCACGACAAUGCGAGCUCUCACAAAUCAGCUGAAACAAUGGGCUAUUUGAGCACUCAAAACGUCGAAUUGAUGGGUCACCCGGCUUACAGUCCUGAUUUGGCACCCAAUGACUUCUUCUUAUUCCCUCACAUCAAGAAUAAAAUGCGUGGUCAACGUUUUCCGACGCCCGAAGAUGCGGUUGAUGCGUUCAAAACGCAUGUUUUGGAGCUACCUCAAUCUGAGUGGAAAAAGUGCUUCGAAAAUUGGUUCAAGCGCAUGCAAAAGUGUAUUGAUCUUCAUGGAGAAUAUUUUGAAAAACAAUAA